UGACCCAUCAUGGAUGCCGUGGACGCCACCAUGGAGAAGCUCCGGGCCCAGUGCCUGUCCCGAGGGGCCUCGGGCAUCCAGGGUCUGGCCAGGUUUUUCCGCCGCAUGGACCGGGACGGGAGCCGGUCCCUGGACGCAGGGGAGCUCCAGCAGAGCCUGGCCGAGUUGGGGCUGGUGCUGGACACGGCGGAGGCGCAGGGCGUGUGCAGGCGCUGGGACCGUGACGGCAGUGGGACGCUGGACCUGGAGGAGUUCCUGAGGGCGCUGCGGCCCCCCAUGUCCCAGGUCCGGGAGGCAGUCAUCACAGCCGCGUUCGCCAAGCUGGACCGCAGCGGGGACGGCGUGGUGACCGUGGAUGACCUCCGGAGGGUGUACAGCGGCCACGCUCACCCCAGGGUGCGGAGCGGGGAGUGGACGGAGGAGGAGGUGCUCCAGCGCUUCCUGGACAACUUUGACUCCUCCGAGAAGGACGGGCAGGUCACGCUGGCCGAGUUCCAGGACUACUACAGUGGCGUGAGCGCCUCUGUGGACACCGAUGAGGAGUUUGUGGCCAUGAUGACCAGCGCCUGGCGGCUGUGAGCGGUGCACACCCGCUCGGCUGGCACCAUGCAGCGUAGGGCCCCACCCAGCACCCCUGGGCCAGGGCCCCUCUCACCUGGGCUUUGAGCUGACCAGCCCCGGGGUGGGGGAUGGAGGGGACUGUGGAAAGAUUGAGGCCGCAGAACCGGCUGGACCAGGUCUCCAGGGACACGGCUUGGCCACCAGGUGUCAGUGGGACAAAGGUUCCAACGAUGGGUCACUGGUUCAGGAGCCCAGGGAGUUAAGACCCUCCGUGCCCACGCCACGCCGACCCCAAGUCUCCUCCUGGCUCUGCUCAAGUGAACCUUGCCAGCACCCUCACCCCUCCCCUCGUGACUCCCGCAGGAAGCCAGGCAGCGCCCGGGUCGGGGAGCAAACCGCUCUUCCGUGAAGCAAGGCUCUGCACGGAGCGGCCGCUCUCGGAAGUCAGCGAGCACGGUCACCUGCCCAGGUGUGGAGUGCGGGGCAGGCCAGGCUGCCGAGGAACCGUUCCUGGCCAGGUGGCCUGGCUUCCUGAGGCCCCUGGGGCACGCAGGAGGCCAGAGUUCUAGUUAAAAGUUUUAAUGUAGUUCCCAAAUACAUUUCAUAUGACAAUCUUACAUAAAUGUUCCAAAACACAUGGGCGUUAUCUGGUUUUACUUGUCACUAGUUGGCUAAGGCUUAAAGCAGAGAAGUGUGACCGGAUCUGCUGGGAGGGCCUUUGGUGUCGUCCCGUGGCUCAGGUGUGGACGCGGGUGCGGGCUGCACAGGCCACCCUGAGGUGUGGGCGGCACAGCUCAGAUGGGCCUCCCACUCACCCUGUGAGGGCCCUGUGCACAGAGGCCUCCUCUGCGGGCCCCGCCAGGCGGGAGGCACCCAGCUGGCUCUUGGCCACGCUACGGGGUGGGGCGGGCAGAGGGCGCCGCUCCUGUGUGCGCUGCUAGUAUGGGUUCUGCCCGCUGUCUGGAACCGGUCCGCUCGCUGCCCCCUCCUUGAAGGCCCUGCCAGGGUCCCCCUCUGCCUCUCACAGAGGCCCCCAGCCCUUGACCGUCUUGGGGCAGAGAUGUCCAGGGCUGGGCAAGGAAGGAACGGCCAACAGCAGGAAGCAGGUUUGCAUCUGGGUGCCUGAUGACGGGUGACCCAUGUUAUGGGGACAGACAGGAGGAUGGGCGGGGAGCCCUCCCACGCCCUCCC